GACGGACGUCGACGGCGCCGGGGAGGGAGGAGAAGGGGUCGGCGCGAAAAAAAACAUUUCCGUCGAGUUCAGGGGAUGGAUUGAAGAAAAAGAAUAAACAGAGGAGGGAAAGAGAGAGAGGAAGAGAGAGAAAUAAAGCAAGGGGGAUAAAAGUGUGUGGGAGUGACAGGGAUGAGGAGUGACUGUGCGGCCGGGCAGUGAGUGAGGGGCAUUGCCGUGCUCCGACCGCUCUCCCCGCCACGGGCCGCCCUGUCGAGCGAGGGCGGAGUUUGCAUUUUAUAUAUAUAUAUAUAAAUAUAUAUAUAUAAAUAUAUUUUUUUCUCUUUCCCUUAAACUCUGACACGUCUGCAGUGAGUGAGUGGCAUUGGCAGUCUGUCAAUCCCUCACCAAAGCGGCCAUCAAAAACAUAAAGAGUUGGCUCGUAAAUUGAUCCGGCGAAUCAUUUUUAUGAUCUUUUAUUAUUAUUAUUUCCCCUCUGUCUUUUGAAGAGGCAGCUUACUUUUGGUCUUGUUUCUGUAGAGGGUUAUUUUUGAGGCAUAUCUUGGAUUUUUUAAAAAAAUAUAUAUUUUUUCUGUGUUUUUGUGACAAGUUUUUUUUGGGGGAGAAAAACAAGGAAUUGAAAGCCAAAGCAAGUGCGGUUUCCCCCCUCCCCAGCCCUGCCUCUCCCUCGGCUCCAGCGCUACCUGUGCUUGAUUUAUAUAUAAUAUAUAUUGUUUUAUAUAUAUAAAUUUCUCCCGUGUGCUGCUGCGGCAGAGUAUGGACGAUCAAUCCAGGAUGAUGCAGACUCAUCCCGGUGUGAGCUUGGCUGGACACUCGGUUCAGGGGGGCAUGGGGCUGCCUCCACAUGUGCAAGGACAUGAAGGUGCAGACGGCGACGGAAGAAAGCAAGACAUCGGGGACAUCCUCCACCAGAUCAUGACUAUCACCGACCAGAGUCUGGACGAAGCACAAGCAAAGAAACAUGCGUUAAAUUGCCACAGAAUGAAGCCGGCCCUGUUCAGCGUCCUGUGCGAAAUAAAGGAGAAAACAGGUCUCAGUAUCAGAGGCGCACAGGAGGAAGAACCACCAGAUCCCCAACUAAUGAGACUUGACAACAUGUUGCUAGCAGAAGGGGUUUCUGGACCAGAGAAAGGUGGAGGAGCAGCAGCAGCAGCGGCGGCGGCAGCAGCGUCGGGCGGAUCAGGAUCAGAUAACACUGCUGAACACUCAGAUUACAGAGCCAAAUUAUCCCAGAUCAGACAGAUCUACCACACAGAGCUUGAAAAAUAUGAACAGGCAUGUAACGAAUUCACUACACAUGUGAUGAACCUUCUACGAGAACAGAGUAGGACACGCCCCAUUUCACCAAAGGAGAUCGAAAGGAUGGUCAACAUCAUCCAUCGAAAGUUCAGUUCAAUCCAAAUGCAGUUAAAGCAGAGCACAUGUGAAGCAGUUAUGAUCUUACGGUCAAGAUUUCUUGAUGCCAGACGGAAACGACGUAAUUUCAGCAAACAAGCAACAGAAGUCUUGAAUGAGUAUUUUUACUCCCAUCUCAGCAAUCCAUAUCCCAGUGAAGAAGCCAAAGAAGAGCUGGCAAAGAAAUGCAGCAUCACAGUAUCACAAGUAUCAAACUGGUUUGGCAAUAAACGAAUCAGGUACAAGAAGAAUAUUGGGAAGUUCCAAGAAGAAGCUAACCUAUACGCUGCAAAAACUGCUGUAAAUGCUGCACACGCUGUUGCAGCUGCAGUGCAAAACAGCCAAGCAAACUCCCCCACCACACCCACGUCCGCAGGUUCCUCUGGUUCUUUUAACCUACCAAAUUCUGGGGACAUGUUCAUGAACAUGCAGAAUCUGAAUGGGGAUUCUUACCAAGGGUCCCAAGUCGGAGCCAAUGUGCAAUCACAGGUGGAUUCCCUGCGUCAUGUUAUCAAUCAGACGGGCGGAUACAGUGAUGGUCUUGGAGGGAAUUCACUGUACAGUCCACACAGUUUGAGCGCUAAUGGAGGAUGGCAAGAUGCAACCACUCCAUCUUCUGUGACUUCACCAACAGAAGGACCUGGAAGUGUGCACUCUGAUACCUCUAACUGAUCUCCUAGGAACAUCCAUUCCCUGAGCCAAUAGGCCUUGAUUAGCACUGACCAGUAGGAGAAGAAAAGUGGAUUUCCUGAAACCCAGUCACCUGCUGCUUUACUGUAAAACCUUGCUCUUUAGUGGAAAAAGAAACUUACAUUUCAUAUUUAGGAAGAGGAACAGAUUGGUUUCCUUUGGGAGUCCACAUUAAUUCUAAUAAGUAUAGCACAGUCUUGCCUUAGUCAGUCAGUGGUUGAGACAAAGAACUAAGUAGAUCCAAUGUUUUCAGACUUUUAAAAUGGAACAAAAAAAGUUAAUUUGUAAUGGAAAUCCAGGAAGGGUGAAAGCAUGGAUUGAAGAUUUAUAAGUGUAAGAUGUUAUUGUGAAGCAUCUUGACCUUUUGAGGUAUGAAUGCAUGUUUCAAUUUGACUGCAAGACACAAGAUUGCUGGUGCUGAGGCAGACAGUUAUAAAUUAACGAAGUUCGCCACGCUAAACCCUUGCUGCUUAAAAGUAUUUUAGCAAGAUAUCUAGAAUUGAUAGCUUGCUUAGAACAAUGAAGUGUUACAUGAUAUCAGAAUCUUGAUCAAAUUUCUUUUAUUACAACAGUACUACUAGAGUGAAAGACUCAUUUGGAAGAAUCGGUUGAACAGUUUUAUUACCCAUGUAUAAAUAACCAGAUGGUUGCCAAGAGCUGAUAUUGUUUUUCCUCAGACUUGUUAUAACGGAGUGCUAUUUACAGUUGUUUCUUUUUUUAACACACUAACUCAAUGCCAGCCUUCGGAAUGCUUUGCUUCUGAAUUACUGCAGGCUGAAGCCUGGGUUUUACAGUACACGCUGGGUGCAGCAUUCGUACUUUUUCAGAUUUGCUACUUCAACCUAUCUAUGGCAGGAAAUGGCAAGGUUCACAUGGAGUGUUGUAAAUAUGUAGGUAAAGAGUAUUUAUACAUCUCACCAAUCAAGACACAGCUUUAUUACCUCAUGCAAACUCAUAUGAACCAAUAGAAUUUCAACAUGUUCUGUAGCUUAGAGUGCUCACUUACUACCUCUGAACAAUAUUCACACCGUAGUUCGUCUUUCUUACUUUUUUUUUGCAUCUUGUAAUUAACUCUAUUUCUUUUCAUGUAAUCUAAUGUACAUUGUAUCUUUUAAGAAAUCAGGGUUGCUCUAGCAACUUCUUUUAAAAGGAUAAUCCUAAAGUGAAAAGUUUGGUUAUCAUCUUAAACACAAACAGUACAACUGUUGUAAAUACUGAAGAUCAUUUUGAAUGUUGGUCAUGUCAUUACUAAACCACGCAAAAAAAAAGUUGUAAUGCAUACGAAAUUCAGUAUUCAGUACUGUAUAUUUCACCCUGUGUAACGGGGAGCCCCUCCUUUCUCCCUUUUUUGUAUUGUAUGCAAUUCUGAAACUGAUUUGAGUCAUGGAAAUAAUUUGUGACAGUGAUAUAAUGUAUUAAAACGUUUCGUGUUACUUUCUGACUGGACUACACCCUGGAUUGAGAAGUCUUCCUUGUGGUAGUUAAAUGUAGUUGAAAAUCUUAAAUAAAACUUUUUGCUUUCAUGA